UUUCACUACUUUAUCAACUGACACCCGCGACACCAUGCCAAGAUUACAAAUAAGAAUUAUCAGUUUGAGUUUGAGAUUGGUCAUGAAAAGCAUCAUCAUUGUCUUGCUAUCGCUUUUAUGUUUACACACAUGAUAUUCCUGCAACGCCGAAUAGUGUAUACGAGAAGAAAAGUUUUAAGAGAAUUAAUAAGCAUCGCCAUUAUCGCUGCUCUAAUGUCGUUCAAUUGUGGAGCAUAUGAGCUAAAUGAUCCACCGCCACCUUGCUCAGCCUAUGAAAUGCUGAUUGUGAAUACCAAACAGUGCGUAUCGCGUUGUCCUAUACGAUGUGUAGACGAUUGGUGCUUCGAGGAUGGCGAAUGUCCUUGUGAAAUGUCAUAUAUAACAUCAUUCACACAUGGCUUGAUUUGUGCACAAUCCUGUCUGCCUGGCUGUGUAGAGGCAGGAGGGUAUUGUGCUGCUCCAAAUAUAUGUGUGUGCAAGCACAAAGGUUCAACUUUUGACCCUGUGAGCCAAAAAUGUCGCAAAAAUUCCUUAUUUCGGGAUAAAUGCCGAGGACGCUGUUUGUAUGGCCGUUGCGACAAAGAGGGAAACUGCAGCUGCGCCCCAGGAUAUAAAUACAUGGAAGGUUUACACUUUGGCCAACUUUGUGUACCCGAAUGCAAACAGAACUGUGGUCGUCGUGGGUUUUGUUUUCUGCCUAAUAUGUGUGCUUGCCGAAGGAAACAUGAGCACUAUGGACCUGAUGGGCUGUGUUAUCAUGACAACGAUGACUAUAUAUUUUGAUAUUUUUAAUAAAAUACAUUAUGAAAUACAAUUUGAAAAUUAUAUUAUAUUUACGAGGCACACCGUAGCGCAGAGGUUAGCAUGUCCGCCUAUGACGCUGAACGCCUGGGUUCGAAUCCCUUCGAGACCAUCAGAAAAAAAUUUUCAGCGGUGGUUUCCCCUCCUAAUGCUGGCAACAUUUGUGAGGUACUAAGUCAUGUAAAACUUCUCUCCAAAGAGGUGUCGCAUUGUGGCACGCCGUUCGGACUCGGCUAUAAAAAGGAGGCCCCUUGUCAAUGAGCUUAAACAUGAAUCGGACUGCACUCAUUGAUAUGUGAGAAGUACUCUCAAAGUGCGCGGUUUGCUAUUUAUAUUCAAGUUCUUAGUUGGGACUUCCAAAGGAAAGAUUAAUAAAAAUUGUUGGCAUCACAUGACAUGUACCAGUUUGAGAAUGCUUGGGCUAAUACACAAUGCAGAAAGUAUUUAUAACAUUUGUUUUAACUACUCCAUAAACUAAAUCUGCUAGCUAAGUCCACAUCAACUGGUGCACAUAUGUAGUACAUAUUGCAUUUUUAAUUGGAUAUAUAUUUUAUGGUCUUUUGAAAUUUAGAGAAAUCAGUUCAGAUUUAGAUAUAGCACCUACAAAGCUAUAUCUGUCUGGUGAACGACGCAUCAAAAGUGCACCUAUUCAAUAUUCAACCGGAUCCAAAGGACGGCUUGCUUGCGGGCUGUGUUAUCAUGCCGUAGAAAUGCCUCAGGACUAGGCUGGCAAAAUAUCGAUGGUACUAUCGAUAUUUAAUUUUUUGCUGAGUAUCGUUUGAUUUUGGUAUUAUCGAUACUAUCGACAUAAACAAAAGCUAUGCGACGCAGAAUGUAUCAUAUGAGACACAUUGCGCCUAUAGAGGGCACUAUUUUGUUGUUGUUGUAGCCACAUUUUCAUGUGGAGGUGGCGAUCCUCGCUCCUGUAGGUGAGCAAGCUCGUUCCGGUCCAAAGGACCGAUCGCCGCGGGAACAGGGCGGCCAUCGGUUAUUUGAAGGCGCCAAUAACUCGCCUUGUCAUAUCGAGCAUCAUAGGCACUCAGUAUUUGUGCAAGAGACGAUGCCGCCCAGCCUCUCACUGAGACUCUCCGCUCGAUACCGCUGAUUGUCCGAGACUGCCAUUGCAACUACUCUGUAUGGAGCAUUCCACUAUCCGCAACCUGUGGACGCGCCCGGUAGCUCGCAGCUAAGCUUCUCGUGGCAGCAAUGAACACCACACAGAUUGGACCUCAAUGGUCCAGCCUGUGUGGUGCUCACAACUAUCACGUGCCGGGAGGGCGCUAUUUUCAUCCGAUUGGACUAAAAUUUUGUACAAUGAUUUCUCUCAUGGCUUCCAAUUGAGUUUAAUAAAUGUAGUAUUAUUCGGUCUAUGCAUUGGUAUUGCUUCUAUGUAAGUCGAUCUCUUGAUUUUAGUAUUCUUGCUCACAUGUACUUACUCACAAGAUAUACUCAUUUACAGGUAGUGGCAGUUUCCCAACAACGAAAUAUUGAGUGCACUAUCUGUCAAAAUCAGUGAUUUUGAUAUUACUAGUAAGCGCCAUUUUUCAUUGUUUGUUCAUAACUAUAAUACACACACACAACCAAAACUGGUUGACAGAUAGUGCACUUCGCGAGAAAAAAUGUUACUCAGCUGUUUACGGUACACUACCUGCUAAUAAUGUCAUGCUUACUCAGGGUGGAAAACAUUUUCGUAU